AUGUCGUUUACAACGAAAUCCAAACGCGAAUCCCAAGUCGCACCACCUCCAGAAUCAUACGAAGAACAGCUCACUACGACUCACAACGGUACACAUAUCGCUUCAAGUAAAUCGCACAAGGCAGAGCUCGAGUUUGCUGCCAUAGCCGUCGUCAUCGGUCUCGUUGUCUUCGUUGUCGUUCUUGGUCUUCUUGCGCAGAAAGCCUUCGCUCGAAGGAAUAAACGUCGUUCGAACGUAGAAGGGAAGGGACCUGGAAUUUGA